GGCCCGGAAGGGGCCAGUCCCGCUUCCGUCUCCGCCGGGGAUGCACGGAGGGCGGAGCUGCGGCCCGAGGACGCGACGCGAGCCCAGUUCCGGCGAGGAGGCCGCGCCAGUGACAGCGAUGGCGGCGGAGUCGGCGCUCCAAGUUGUGGAGAAGCUGCAGGCGCGCCUGACUGCGAACCCGGACCCGAAGAAGCUAUUGAAAUAUUUGAAGAAACUCUCCACUUUGCCUAUUACAGUAGACAUUCUUGCGGAGACCGGUGUUGGAAAAACAGUAAAUAGCUUACGAAAACACGAGCACGUUGGAAGCUUUGCCAGGGACCUCGUGGCCCAGUGGAAAAAAUUGGUUCCUGUGGAACGAAACACAGAGCCUGAUGAACAGGACUUUGAGAAGAGCAAUUCCCGAAAGCGCCCCAAGGAUGCUGGUCAGAAGGAGGAGGACGCGGACUACCAAGAAAACUGGAAAGCCUCCGGCAGCCAGCCGUACAGUCCUGACCACAGACAGAAGAAACACAGAAAACUCGCAGAGCUCGAGAGACCUCACAAAGCGUCUCACAGUCAGGAGAGGAGAGACGAGAGAAAGAGGGGCCACAGGGUUUCCCCAGUUUACUCUUCAGACCAUGAAUCUUCCGAUUACGGCCAUGUUCAGUCCCCUCCGUCGUCUGCCAGCCCACAUCAGAUGUUGGUGGACCGUUGCAGGUCCCCGGAGGAGGACCACGAGCCCUUUGUCCCACACCAGAAGCCUGGAAAAGGUCCCAGUAAUGCCUUUCAGGACAGACUGGGCUUCAGUCAGGAACGACAGUUCGGUGAGCCCCAGGGGAAAGGGGUUGGAAGUCAGAACAAGGAGCCCAGGUCUUCCCAUAAAGAAAAACGUCCAGUGGAUGCCAGGGCCGAUGAGAAGUCGUCUUUGAGCAGAGAGAAAUCCCACAAGGCCAUCUCCAAAGAGGAAAACCGGAGGCCUGUCUCAGGGGAUGGCACAAAGGAGAAACCACCCUCUAGUGGUGUCAAGAAAGAGAAGGAAAGAGAGGGCAGCACCAAGAAGUUUUUAUCCCCCUUGGAAAUUGCUUCGGACAACCACCUUAAAAAGCAAAAGCACAAAGACUCAGAGAAAACCAAAUCAGACAAAAACAAGCAAAGUCUAGACAGCUUAGACAUAGGAAAGGGGGCAGGAGACCUGCUGUCCAAGGCGAAAGAGAAGGUUUCUAACAACUUAAAGACUCAAGAAAGGAAAAUGAAAACUGCCCAUUCAGAUAGGAAGUCAGUGGGCUCCCUCCCCAAAGUUGAGGAGGCCGAUAUGGACGAUGAAUUCGAGCAGCCCACCAUGUCUUUUGAGUCAUACCUCAGCUAUGACCAGCCCCGCAAGAAAAAGAAAAAGAUUGUGAAAACCUCAGCUGCGACCGUUGGAGAAAAAGGACUUAAAAAAAAUGAUUCGAAAGUCACUAGUAAAAAUUUGGACGUAGUUCAGAAAUCACCUAAGGUGACCGAAAACAAGUCAGAGAAGCUUCAGCCUGCCGGAGCCGAUUCAGCCAAGCCGAGAAAGGUCCCCACUGAAGCAUUGCCAGUGUUGCCAGACCUCCCCUUACCUAUGCUACAGGCCAAUUACCGGCCACUUCCUUCCCUCGACUUGCUGCCCUUCCAACCAAAGCGAAAAGCACACUCUUCACCCCAGGAAGAGGAAGAAGCUGGAUUUACUGGACGGAGAAUGAAUUCUAAGAUGCAGGUGUAUUCUGGUUCCAAGUGUGCCUAUCUCCCCAAAAUGAUGACCUUGCACCAGCAGUGCAUCCGGGUCCUUAAAAACAACAUCGACUCAAUCUUUGAAGUGGGAGGCGUCCCAUAUUCUGUUCUUGAACCUGUUUUGGAGAGGUGUACGCCUGAACAGCUGUAUCGUAUAGAGGAAUAUAAUCACGUGUUAAUUGAAGAAACAGAUCAAUUAUGGAAAAUUCACUGUCAUCGAGACUUUAAGGAAGAAAGGCCAGAAGAGUAUGAGUCAUGGCGGGAGAUGUACCUGCGGCUUCAGGAUGCGCGAGAGCAGCGGCUACGAUUGCUGACAAAGAAUAUCCGAUCUGCACAUGCCAAUAAGCCCAAAGGCCGACAAGCAAAGAUGGCCUUUGUGAACUCGGUGGCCAAGCCACCUCGUGAUGUUCGAAGGAGGCAGGAGAAGUUUGGAACAGGAGGAGCAGCUGUGCCCGAGAAAAUCAAGAUUAAGCCAGCCCCGUACCCCACAGGAAGCAGCCACGCUCUCUCCAGCACUGGCAGCAGCAACAGCUUUAACGCCAGCCCUGAGGAGCCGGCCUAUGACGGCCCGAGCACCAGCAGUGCCCACCUGGCGCCCGUGGUCAGCAGCACUGUUUGCUAUGAUCCUAGGAAACCGACUGUGAAGAAAAUUGCCCCAAUGAUGGCUAAGACGAUUAAAGCUUUCAAGAACAGAUUCUCCCGACGAUAAACUGAGGACUUGCCUUGGGGAUAGAAUUUGGGGGUGAGAAUACAAGGACAGUGGGGGUUGGGGAAUGGAACUUCCAAAGGAGACCGGAGGCUUUUGCUUUAUGGAGCCUCUGGUCUCUGAAUCCUGCAGUUUGCAGGUGUUGCACCUGUGAAGCUGUGAGCCUCAGCCACUGCCUCCCUGCCUGGAGAACACUUCAGAAUUCUGAAGAAGAUGUGAAGCCUCAGUCUCACUGAGGAUUUUAAGGUCAAUUAUACUUUUGUUGUUAAUUAGCUUCUUUGUAAACUAUAAGACAUAGUUUUUAAUUAAUAAAUGUUGCCCCCAGAUUGUAUUUAUAUUACCCCCAGGUUUUUUGUUUUUGUUUUUGUCCUCUACCACACACUUAGCCUGUUAUUUUUAGGGUCCUUUGUUAGACAGAAGCCUAGUGAAAGCCAUUCCCCUGUCCCAGUUCACCUCUCCUGAGUGGACUCUGGUCCAGAGGGAGGACUGGGCAUCCCCGGGGCCUGUGUGCUGCCUGCCCCAUGGAGGGCAUGGAGUGGGGCCCGGGCUGCCUGUCCUAGAGGGGAGCCUCAGCGUGCAGACAGAAGUGUUCAGCUUAGACCCCUCACCUCUGAGACCCUGCUCAGUGUCGCUUUGCGUCCCUGUGCAGGUGCAUCUCUUUCUUACUCAUUAAAUAGUAUUUAUUAAGGGAAGUUAUUUGUAAAGGUCUAGAGUCUUUCCCCCAUCCUUUUUGCCAGUCUUCCCCCCAUGCCCCUCCCGUCCCCCGUUUUUUUUGUGACUGACUAGAGGACACAGAACCUUGGGAGAUCCAUUUGCACAGAAACCCAGCAUUUUUACAAUUUCCAGUUUUUGAUUCAAAAUUGUAGGGUUUUUUCCUUCCCUAUUUUUCCUUCUCCCACUAGCAUGGAGGAAAAAGUACAAAUACAUGGCAGGGCUUUUGGUUGCGCUCCCCCCCGCCCCCCCACAAUACAACUUCAGAGUUUUAAAAGCCAGCACUUUAAUCUCUUGAUCCCUGUGAAUUACUACUAGAAGUGAAUGCUUUUAAAAGUUGUAAUGCUAUGUUGGAAAUUGGUUUUGUUUUUGCUUCCUUUAAAAGGUAAGAUCAUGUGACUGGAAGAGCACAACAAUUUGCUAUGUUUUGUAGAGAACUUUGCAGCCGAAGCUUUUUUAAGCCAGAAUUGGGAGGGAAGGGCCAAGGUAAUGAAAGUGUGUGAGCUGCGGCGUCAGGAUGGGGGAGAACUGCAAGGCCAUGCAUCUGGUUUGGGAAGGGAGGCGCUCACUUGCCAGUGCACGUAGAAGCAAGCUGAGGACUCGGACGACAGUAUCCGUGCUCUUCUUGGCUGUGAAGAGCACUGAUCUAGUAGGAACCCACCUGGCUGUGAUCCAGGUGGAAGUAGGUGCCCGUCCUGACGAAACCUGAUAAGUAGACUGAGGGCGUGAUUAGUGUGACAGCCUGAGGAGCUUGGCCGUCAGGCCCCCCAACAAGCUCACUCAGAGCCCAGAAUAUGGAGCCCACAGUUUUUAACCAGCCUCGAGGCCUCAGUGAGGUAACUGCAGGUUCCGGAGCAGUGCAGGAAGUCUGUGCAGCAAGAGCUGCCCUGUUCAGUGAGCGUUUCUCUGGGGGUGCCUGCCGCGACCGGACAUAUAAGUAUUGCUGUGUUUUAAUUUGCUGUACUUUUUAAUGGAUAAAGCAUUACUUCUCUUGAUUAUUUGUAUUACCAUUCCACGCCUACCCCCUACCUAGCCUGCUCACCCAACUCUGAUAUUAGGAAGCCUCUUACCUAAAACCAAAUGAGCAUCUGGGUCAGGUGCCAGGUACCUAUUGCCUAGAAUAGCUUCCUCGAAGUAUCCACGACCUUGAACUUGUCUCUUAGCUGUGUGUUCAUGUCUUUGUCAUUGAAACCAGUUUUCAUAUUCAGAUUCAGUUGUGUAUGAUUCAGUUUCCUUUAUUAGGCAUCUUGAAGCAGGGAGGGAGAAAAAGACACAUAUUUGUUCAUGCCAACAUCAGUACCAUAAGGACUUUUGGAUCACCCUGAUUGCAUAGAGCCAGGACUCACCCUCUUCCUCCAAGAGUGUCUGCCUCAGGGUGGGACUUGGUGAGAAGAGAAAGGAGGGUAGAGGAAAAGCCGAAUUUCUAACCAACCCUGUCACCUAGGUCAUAGAAAUGGCUGCAGAACAGAUGCAGAUGUCGAACCUUUGGUCUCAUUUGUGAAAACUUGUGCAAUUUUUUUUUCUGUGCUACACUACAUACAAAUCACCAAAUUACAAAUUAACCCUUUGUGAUUGUUGGUGUAAUGAGCAGUUUCUUUGGGGCUUUCUCUUUCUUUCCGGGAAGGGGGAGGGAAAGGAGCAAGGUAUCGUCCUGCUCUUCAUUUGUAUUUUGGUCCCAAAAUGUAAAUACAAUUUUCUAUGUUACUUUUUUGUGGUAACUACCAAGAUGAAUAUUUUAAUUAGAUAAGUUAUAUGAAAAGGAAGAAAAUUCCAUGUCUAAAUAAAAAAACAAACAAAAAUCCCA